AGUUUAUACUUGAAACUUAUCGGGAGUAUCAAUACCUAUAUACAUACCUUAUCACCAAACUUACAGUUAGUAGUCAUUCAAACUUAUCGGGAAUAAUACCAUAAAAGAAUUUCUAAAGGUGAAGGUCUCAUGGUGUGUUAAAAUUGAAAGUUCGGAUUUAUUGUCUCCUAAUUACUAACUAAAAUGGUGAAAGCUAAUAAGAAAUUACUACAUGCUUCUAUAGCAGGAGCUGUAAUUUUUGUGGUGGGACUCAUUAUGGCAUUCGUAGGAUUUCCAUUAAUUGUUGAUGAUCAAAUUCAUAGGCAAGUAAAACUUGAGAAUGGAUCUGAUUCUUACGAAAGAUGGAGACAGUUACCGGUUCCCUUAGACUUUAAAGUUUACAUGUUUAACAUCACGAAUUGGAGGGAAGUUAAUUUUGAAGGAGAAUACCCAAAUGUGGAAGAAUUUGGACCAUAUUAUUACAGACAAUAUAGAGAGAAAAUCAAUAUAGAGUACAACAGCGACGAAGAUUCAUUAACAUACAAACAAUUUACACAUUUUGAAUUCGACAAAGAAGCUUCUGCUCCGCUAAGUGAAUCGGACAAGUUAGUUGUACUUAAUGCACCAUUAAACGCUAUCUUUCAUGUAGGUAGUAUAUAUUUUCCUGAAAUUUUAAUGAGUCUACUUGUUGACAAAUUUUGGAUAAGCAUGUUUCCCUACGCAUUAGACGAUAGUAUGUUUUUAGAAGUGGAAGUUGGAGACUUUUUAUUUAACGGAUACACAUUUUGUGAACCGGAACGUUGGUACGGUUCAAGCGGCUUAAUGUGCAUCCUUGCUGCAUUAUUAGACAUUCCUUUUAUAGAAGUUCAAGAAGACUUUUCUAUGAAAUUUUCUGUUUUUCGUUUUAAACAUGAUACCCACGAUGGUAUUUUUACGAUAAAUGCCGGUAAUCAUGAUGUUACCAAAUUAGGACAAAUCAUGCAAUGGAAUGGUUAUGCUUACAAUACAAUUUGGGGGGACAGAAUGUCACAAUGUAAUAAAAUCCGUGGCACAGAUGGAACGGUUUAUCCUCCGGAUAUAAAGAAAGAAGAUGAAAUGGUUAUAUUUGCAACUGAAAUUUGCAGAACUGUAAGAUUACAAUACAGCGGUGAUGAAACUGUAACCGGUGUGAAAGCACAGAAAAGAGUGUUUUCUUGGCAUACUUUAGCCGAUCCUGAAUUGUAUUCGGAUAAUCAAUGUUAUUGCGGAAAACACGAACGUGAUUUAUAUGGUAAAAAGAAAUGUUUACCAAAUGGGUUUCUCGAUUUAUCUCCAUGUUACAUUGCCCCAUUAAUUGCUUCGUUUCCACAUUUCCUCGAUGCCGAUGAGGAAUAUCAAAAAACUGUUACAGGAUUUAAUCGUUCCGAUGAAGCUCAUCGGCCCGUUUUAUAUGUCGAACCCAUGAGUGGAAUUCCAAUAACUGCACAAAUUAGAUUACAAUUUAACAUGAUUUUAAGACCAAUAAAGGGAAUAACAGUUACUAAAGAUAUUAAAAAUAACAUGUGUCCUGUUGCGUGGAUAGAAAUGGGUGCUAUUUUACCUGAAGAUUUAGUUGGAGAGUUUAGAAGCUUAUUGAAUCUCGCGGUCGUUGGUGUCGAAGUUGUUAAAUGGCUUAUUGUAGCAAUCGGUGCGUGUAUGUUUAUAAUAUGCGGUGGAAUACAAGUUAGACUAAAAAAUGGUACUGAUCAAUAUGAUCGAUGGAAACAACUUCCUGUUGGGAUAGAAUUUAAAAUUUACUUGUUCCACGUGAAAAAUUGGCGUGAGGUAACUUUUGAAGGUGCUAAACCGGAAGUAGAAGAGAAAGGACCUUAUGUUUAUAAAGAAUUUCGACGAAAAGAAAAUAUAACAUACGAUGAAGCCGAAGACUCAUUAACUUACAUUCAAUAUACAAGGUUUGAAUUCGAUGAAGAGCUAUCGGGAGAUCUUAGAGAAGAUGAUAAGGUUGUUACACUUAACGCUGGUUUAAACGCAAUUUUUCAAGUAGCUAAUAGAUACUUCCCUGAAAUUCUUAUGAAAGCCCUCGUUGACAACUCCUGGCAAUACAUGUUUCCUGACGUUCUAGAAGGUAGUGUAUUCCACGAAGUAAGUGCAGGAGAUAUUUUAUUUAAAGGAUACAGAUUUUGCGAUCCGGAAAACUGGAAUUCUGUAGCUGGAAAACAAGAUAAACAUGAUGGUGUUUUCACCGUAAACGCCGGAAUAAAAGACGUUUCAAAAAUAGGUUUAAUUACUCAAUGGAAUGGUUAUGCUUAUAACACCAUAUGGAAAGAUAGAAUGUCUUCCUGUAAUAAAAUUAAGGGGCGUGAUGGAACGAUUUACGCACCGGAUAUGCAAAAGGAAGACGUUAUCGAUGUGUUUUCCACUGAAAUUUGUAGGACUGGUGUAGCAGCUUAUGAUGGAGAAGAUAAAGUUAGUGGUAUUACAGUGCAAAGAAGAGUACUUGGAGCAGACACAUUAGGUGAUCCAGAAACAUACCCAAACAAUUAUUGUUAUUGUGGUAAACACGAACGUGAUUUAUACGGUAAUAAAAAAUGUUUACCAGAUGGAUUUUCUGAUUUAUCUCCAUGUUACAUGGCACCUGUUAUAGCAUCUUACCCUCAUUUCUUAUUUGGUGAUCAAAAAUACGCUGAGACUGUUAUAGGUUUAGAUCCAGUUCCAGAAAAACAUCAAACAGUUUUAAUGGUUGAACCAUUAACUGGUACACCCAUGAGCGGUAGAAAACGUUUACAAUUCAAUAUGAUUUUGAGACCCGUUCCAGGUAUUACCGUAUUAGAAAAUAUAGUACCUAACGUUUGUCCAAUCGCUUGGGUCGAGGAGGGAAUGCUCGUUCCGGAUGAUCUACUUAAUACUUUCAAGACUCUUUUACAUGUCGCUUUAACCGCUGUUGAUGUCAUCAAAUGGUUAAUUACCGCUAUUGGUGCUUGUUUAUUAGUUGGAUGUGGUGGUCGGUAUUAUUAUAAAUUAAAAAAAUAUGGACCAAAAGAGUAA